GCGAGCGAAGGAGUGUUAAAUGACUGUGUGUUUAGAGCUCUGCAAUCAUCCAGAGACGAGCACAGCUGAUGUGUGGAUUACCACAGCUUUUCUCACUGGAGCCGUUUUUGGAAAAUGGUGGGCUUUCUUCUUCUUCAGCUGUUGAAGCCGCGAUGGAGCACCUGGUGAGUGAGCUGAACAUGCUGCUGAAGCUGCUGGACCAUGAGAGUGUGAGCACGGCCACAACGGAGAAGAUGAGCGCGGUCCGGAGGCUGCUGGGGCAGCUGCAGCCAUCAGUGAAUGGAUCAGACUUCACAUACAUGAACACUUCCCUUUACGGAAAUGGCACCAGCUUUGUGGAAUCCCUGUUUGACGAAUUUGACCUGCAUGAGCUCAGAGCCUCCCCAGAAGAACUCAAGGAACAGGUAGAGGAGGAAAUCUCCAAUAUACCGCCGUCGAAAAGUCCCACUGACACCCCCCCUCCUCUGCCAACCCCCCCUCCUCUGCCAACCACCCCUCCUCUGCCAACCACCCCUCCUCUGCCAACCACCCCUCCCCCAGAGGACUAUUAUGAGGAGGCGGUGCCCCUGAAUCCAGGCACGGUGACCCAAUACAUCACCACCAACAUCACCACACGCAUCAGCUCAAGUCCCCCGAAUUCCAUUGAAGAUGCAUAUUAUGAGGAUGCUGACAACAACUACCCCACGACCCGACUCAAUGGACCGCACAAGAACUCCUACGCUGAUUCCGAUGCGCUGAGCAGCUCCUAUGAGUCGUAUGAUGAGGAGGAUGAGGAGGCGAAGGGUCAGGACAGGACUAGUCGGCAGUGGCAGUCAGAGGAAAACUCUGCGGGCCCCAUGAAGGACUGUCGUAUCUGCGCCUUUCUGCUGCGCAAGAAACGCUUCGGCCAGUGGGCCAAACAGUUGACGGUCGUCCGUGACAACAGAUUACAGUGCUUCAAGAGCAUCAAAGACAGAAGCCCUCACAUUGAGCUGCCGCUGAACCUGUGUAACGUCAUCUACGUCCCCAAAGAGGCGCGCCGCAAGAAGCACGAGCUGCGUUUCUCCCUGCCUGGGGGAGAGGCCUUGGUGCUGGCUGUCCAGAGCAAGGAGCAGGCGGAGCGAUGGCUCAAGGUGAUCCGGGAGGUGGCCAGUCAAGCCAGCAGCAGUGAUGGAUUAGAGGGCUCGUCAUCUCCAAUGAUCCAGAGAAAGAUAGAGCUGGACAAGUUACUAGGAGCUGACAAGCACACCUCCGACUCUGACAGCGUGGCCACUGGUGACAACCUGCCCUCUGGUCAACUCCGUGACAACUGUGAAGGGAAGGGGAAGAGGGGGGCGUUUUCAGAGCUGACGGGGUCUAUGAGCAGAGCGGCUGGACGGAAGAUCACCAGGAUCAUCAGUUUCUCUAAGAAGAAGCCUCCUCUCCCAGGAGACACUCUGUCCUCCUACCACCAUGACGACAACCCCCGCUGUGGUUAUCUGAAUCUACUGGUGAGGCAGUGUUGGAGGGAGAGAUGGUGCUGUGUAAGGAGUGGAACACUGUACCUUCACAAAGACCGGGGUGACCUGCGUACCCACGUCAGCGCUGUGGUCCUCCAUGGGGCUGAGGUCGUACCUGGACUAGGGCCCAAGCACCCCUUUGCCUUCCGCAUCCUGCAAGGAGGCAACGAGGUGGCUGCCUUGGAGGCCAGCUGUUCAGAAGAGAUGGGCCGCUGGCUGGGGGUUCUGCUGGCAGAGUCUGGCUGCGCCACCACCCCAGAGGCCCUGCACUACGACUAUGUAGACGUGGACACCAUCACUAGCAUCACAGACGCAGCAAGACACUCCUUCCUAUGGGCUACCUCAUCCAGCAGCGCCUCCACAGACUCCAGAACCUAUGACGAGGUUCCUUAUGAGAGCAUAUUGCAGCCAGAGGAGCAGGUGCCCAGACCAGGAGCUCUGGUGAAACGCCACUCUUCUUUCUCCAGCAGCAGAGAGACCGAGAAGGUGGAAUCCCUAGUCACCAUAAAGAGACAUGGCUCCAGUAAGUCUCCAGAAGAUGUGAAUCCGCAUGUAUCGGGGAAGUAUGGCAAAACACGAGCAGAGGACGACGCCAGGAGGUACCUGAAGGAGAAAGAAGAGAUGGAGAAGGAGCGAGAGGUCAUCAAAAGUGCCCUGCUUGUAUUACGCAAGGAGAGGAAAGAGGUGAAGGAACAACUGAAGGACGCUACAGGUAAGCAGCAGAAGCAGCUGGAGAAGCGUUUGGCCCAGCUGGAGGAGAACUGCAGGGGGAAGGAGGGGGAGCGGGUGGAUCUGGAGCUGCGUCUCACUGAGGUGAAGGAGAAUCUAAAGAAGUCGCUGGCUGGAGGGGUGCUGGGGCCGCCCACAGAGAGCAAACCCCCCAGAAAGGUUCAGAUCAGUAAAUUUGAUCAUCUAUACAGCGAGGCAUCCAUGCCAGUAAACUGUGCUGCUGAGAUGCGGAAGCGCCCCCUAUCUGUCUAUGCAUCUGGCAGGGGGAAUGUCAUGCAGAAAGCCAAGGAAUGGGAGUCGAAGAAGGGGACUUAGAAAGACAAUGCUCAUGCAGAUGGACAGUCUAAUACUUGUUGUCUUGGAACAUGUUGGAGCUGAUUUGAAAGAGAGGAGAAGGGGUGAAGCAGGCACUCCAUUCUCAACUUUUCAACUCCCCUCUUGAAAGCUCAACAUUUUACUGCACAUCGCUGAGCUGAGAAACGUGUUACUAGGAAAGACAAGACACUGAACCUCCUGGAAUUGUUGUAGAACAUCACUCUUCGCCCUAUUUCACUAGGGAACACUGAAUGUUCAUUCUGUAGCAUGACACUUGUUUUGUGAUUCAGUAAUAGCGUGUGUAGCGUGUGUAGCGUGUGGUAUUGUUGUUCCUUCCUUCAGACUGGGGAAGAGGAUAUGUUAUGGGGAUUGCAUGUGAACACAUCUGAGGGCUGGACUUGAGAUGUCCCGUUGGUAGAGCAUGGCGCUUGCAACGCCAGGGUUGUGGGUUCGAUUCCCACGGGGGACCAGUAUGAAAAUGUAUGCACUCACUAACUAUAAGUCGCUCUGGAUAAGUGUCAGCUAAAAUGACACAAAAAAAAAUAAUGUUGAGAGCUGAGUGGUUUGCAGAGGUUGAAUAUGCAUACUCACAUGAUGCACAUAUCUGCAAGAAAGGAUAAUAAAGGGAAAGUGAAUGUUGUAUCGAUUGUGUUUGUUGUUGGAAUAGUAGCCUAGAGGAGAUACUGUUAUCCCAUAGAGAUAUAGUUAUAUGGUGUAUCCGCUAUGCAAGUAAUUUCACAACACGUACAGUAAGCUGGUCAGAGAGGGAGAGGAAACAACCGUUCAUGAAGUGGAUGAAACAUUAUUCCAGAUCUUGAUUUAACAACUUGGUGCAGCUGAACAACAGACAGAAAACACCUGACACCUGUAUGAAACCAAAUAGUUAUUUUAAUGUGAGACUAAACAAAGACGUUUCCUUAUUACGUAAUUCACUUACUGUUUCUCAGUGUAAUGAGCCUUUUACUUUUAAUUACUUUUGCACUUUACUAUGUUAUUUGUAUGAGUAUUGUACAUAAAAGCUGUUCAUUGAAAUUGUCUGACUUCUUCAUCAGAGAGAGAGAGAGAUAAUAUACUCCUGUAAUAGACUAUUGGAGAAUUUAUUUGACGGCCAUCUAAUAUGAAUAAAACAACUUAAAGUGUU